AUGACGUCCUCCGCGCAGUCCAUGGUAUCGACCUCCCCGCGGCCGUCGCCGCGGGCCUCACCACACUCGUCGCAGCCCCCGUCGAUCCGAUCCGUUGAGGCCCCCACUAAAUCGCCCAAGUUGAACGGCCAGAACGGCAUCCCGCCUAUUCCCGGUGGUGUAGCCGAAGCGCUGCAAAAACCACCUAGCGAGAAGGGCUCUAUGAAGGACCGACUGACUCGCAUGUUCUCGACAAAAGAAGCUGCCCACCGCGCCGUGGCAGCCGACGCCAACGGCACCUCGGCGGUCAAGAAAGGAUCUCAAGAUGUGACUCCGGCCACGGCCUCCCCACCACCCGUCAAGCCGGUCACCGCUAAGGAGCCGCCGGGACGUUUUGUCCUCAACCUGGAGGCUCAGGGCGGCCACGAGCAUCAUCUCAAAUCGAGCCGUCGCCAGGAAAAGCUCGUGGACCUGAUCAAGAACUUCCUCGGUAGGAAGCCAGAACAAGCGCCUGAGCACGACCUUUCGCUUGUAUCGAAUUGGGUCGACAAUCUGAGGAAGGAGAAGGAUGCGACUUUGCCAGACAAGAAAAUGGCCUCCAAUCCGUCGGCGACGUUGGUUGAGAAGUAUGGCAAGUGCCAGGAGAUCGUCGGACGCGGCGCUUUCGGCAUUGUGAGGAUAUCACACAAGAAGUUGGAAAACGGCUUGGGCGAGAAGCUAUAUGCAGUCAAGGAGUUUCGCCGGCGGCCUGAAGAGACGGAGAAGCGGUACAGCAAACGCCUGACGGCCGAGUUCUGCAUCUCGUCGUCGCUCCGACACCCCAACGUCAUCCACACGCUCGACCUUCUCAAGGAUUCCAAGGGCGACUACUGUGAGGUGAUGGAAUUUUGCGCGGGUGGUGACCUAUACACGCUUGUCCUCUCGGCCACCAAACUCGAAGUCCAAGAAGCCGACUGCUUUUUCAAGCAGAUGAUGCGUGGAGUAGAGUACAUGCACGAGAUGGGUGUCGCGCAUCGCGACCUGAAACCCGAGAACCUGCUCUUGACCACGCAUGGCGCGCUCAAGAUCACCGACUUCGGCAACGGCGAGUGCUUCCGUAUGGCUUGGGAGAACGACGCCCACAUGGUGUCCGGUCUAUGCGGCUCGGCUCCGUACAUUGCCCCCGAAGAGUAUACCGCCAAGGAAUUCGAUGCCCGUGCAGUUGAUGUGUGGGCAUGUGGUGUAAUUUACAUGGCGAUGCGGACGGGUCGCCACCUAUGGCGAGUCGCGCGAAAGGACGAAGACGAGUUUUAUAAGCGGUAUCUCGAUGGUCGUCGAGAUGAGGAGGGCUACGCGCCGAUCGAGGCGUUGCAUCGGGCUCGUUGCAGGAAUGUCAUUUACUCCAUUCUGGACCCCAACCCGUCUCGAAGAAUUACUGCAUCGCAGGUUCUCAAGUCCGAGUGGGGCCGCGAGAUACAACUUUGCAAAGCUGGCGAAGAGGGCCUCUAA